CGCUCUAGUACUCGCGAUGGUUGGCUCCGCCUCUUCUCUCUAAUCUACAGGAUCAUAGACCGGGAGCUGGGGAGGAGGACGCGGUUUCACGCGAGCCUGGGCGGAACUGAGGGGGACGAAGGAGGCGGAAGCGGCGGUCCGUGGGGCGGGGAAGGGGCUGGCCCCGGAAGGAGGAGGAAACCCUGAAAAGAAAACAGCAACAAGCUGAGCGGCUGUGCCAGAGGGAAACAAAAUGGCGGCGCCGAGAGGGAGCCUCUGGGUCAGGGCCCAGCUGGGGCUCCCGCCGCUGCUGCUGCUGACCGUGGCCCUGGCCGGAGGCUCCGGGACCGCUUCGGCCGAGGCGUUCGACUCAGUCUUGGGUGAUACGGCGUCUUGCCACCGGGCCUGUCAGUUAACCUACCCCUUGCACACCUACCCCAAGGAAGAGGAGUUGUACGCAUGUCAGAGAGGUUGCAGGCUAUUUUCAAUUUGUCAGUUUGUGGAUGAUGGAACUGAUUUAAAUCGGACCAAAUUGGAAUGUGAAUCUGCUUGUACAGAAGCAUAUUCCCAAUCUGAUGAGCAAUAUGCUUGCCAUCUUGGUUGCCAGAAUCAGCUGCCAUUUGCUGAACUAAGACAAGAACAACUCAUGUCCCUGAUGCCAAAAAUGCAUCUACUCUUCCCUCUAACUCUGGUAAGGUCAUUCUGGAGUGACAUGAUGGACUCUGCACAGAGCUUCAUAACCUCUUCAUGGACUUUUUAUCUUCAAGCUGAUGAUGGAAAACUAGUUAUAUUCCAGUCUAAGCCAGAAAUCCAGUAUGCACCGCAGUUGGAGCAGGAGCCUACAAAUUUGAAAGAAUCCUCUCUAAGCAAAAUGUCAUAUCUACAACUGAGAGGUUCACAAGCACACAGGAACUAUCUCGAAGAUGGAGAAAGUGAUGGAUUUUUAAGAUGCCUCUCUCUUAACUCUGGGUGGAUUUUAACCACAACUCUUGUCCUCUCGGUGAUGGUAUUGCUCUGGAUUUGUUGUGCAACUGUUGCUACAGCUGUGGAGCAGUAUGUUCCCUCUGAGAAGCUGAGUAUCUAUGGUGACUUGGAGUUUAUGAAUGAACAAAAGCUAAACAGAUACCCAGCUUCUUCUCUUGUGAUUGUCAGAUCUAAAGCUGAAGAUCACGAAGAAGCAGGACCUCUACCUACAAAAGUGAAUCUUGCUCAUUCAGAAAUUUAAGCUUUUUUUUUUUUAAAGAAAAGUGUAAUAGUUAUCUAAAUUUUGAUUUCUCAUAGAGCUUUUAAAAUUGGUUUCAUUGGAUAUAGGGCUUAAAAAUCACUAUAAAAUGAAAAUAAAGUUGCCCAAAUCUGUGAAGACUAUAUUUGCUGUAACUUUCCCUGUGAUUUUUUUUCUAGUAACUUAAGAGAUGGAUAUUUGGGAUUGUAUUUUUAUUUUAAUAUUUGUAGCUACUUUAUUAUUUGCGUUGUUGUUGUUUUUUUUCAGCCACAUUCUAUGAGCUGAUCAUUGUUUUUCUCCCACUUCACCACGAUACUAUCAAUCACUUUAGUUAAUAAGCUGAAUAUUCAGUAGGAUAUGAUGCUUCUGCUCAGAAAUGGCCCACAACCUGUCAUUUGAAAUUUAGCAGGAAAUGCCCUUAUACUACAUUUUCCAGUUGUAUUGAACUAAAAUCAUUAAAAUUUUAUUUGAAUAUUUA